AGUUUCUUGCACCGAUAAGGAAAAACUGCUGAAGUCAUGAGGCUGCUCCAGGCAGAGCCCGAAUCUAACAGAUCUAAAGGAAGCAUCAUGUUCCAUGACUUCAUUUCACCCCAGGGGACUUCAGACUGUCCGUGCCCGGAAGUUCAAGAGUAAAAGGCCACGGAGUAACAGUGAUUCUUUUCAGGAAGAGGAUCUGAGACAGGGUUUUCAGUGGAGGAAGAGCGUCCCUUUUGGGGCAGCCUCGUCUUACUUGAACUUGGAGAAGCUGGGUGAAGGUUCUUAUGCUACAGUUUACAAGGGGAUUAGCAGAAUAAACGGACAGCUAGUGGCUUUGAAAGUCAUCAGCAUGAAUGCAGAGGAAGGAGUCCCAUUUACAGCCAUCCGGGAAGCUUCUCUGCUGAAGGGUUUGAAACAUGCCAAUAUUGUGCUCCUGCAUGACAUAAUCCACACCAAAGAGACACUGACGUUCGUUUUUGAAUACAUGCACACAGACCUGGCCCAGUAUAUGUCUCAGCACCCGGGAGGCCUUCAUCCUCACAAUGUCAGGCUUUUCAUGUUUCAACUUCUGCGGGGCCUGGCGCACAUCCACCACCAACACGUUCUUCACAGGGACCUGAAACCUCAGAACUUACUCAUCAGUCACCUGGGAGAGCUCAAACUGGCUGAUUUUGGUCUUGCUCGGGCCAAGUCCAUUCCCAGCCAGACAUACUCUUCAGAAGUUGUGACCCUCUGGUACCGCCCUCCUGAUGCCUUGCUGGGAGCCACUGAAUAUUCCUCUGAACUGGACAUAUGGGGUGCAGGCUGCAUCUUUAUUGAAAUGUUCCAGGGUCAACCUUUGUUUCCUGGGGUUUCCAACAUCAUUGAACAGCUGGAGAAGAUCUGGGAGGUGUUGGGAGUCCCUACGGAGGAUACUUGGCCUGGAGUUUCCAAGCUACCUAACUACAAUCCAGAGUGGUUCCCACCGCCUAAGCCUCAGAGCCUUCAGAAUGUGUGGAACAGGUUGGGCAGGGUUCCUGAAGCCGAAGACCUGGCCUCACAGAUGCUGAAAAGCUUUCCGAGGGACCGCGUCUCGGCGCAGGAAGCGCUGGCUCACGAUUAUUUCAGCGCCCUGCCGGCUCAGCUGCACCAGCUUGCUGACGAGGAGUCUUUGUUUACCGUCUCAGGAGUGAGGCUAAAGCCAGAAAUGUGUGACCUUUUGGCCUCCUACCGGAAAGGUCGUCACCCAGGCCGGCUUAGGAAAGGCUGGUGAAAAGAAAGGCGACGUCACCAAGAUCCUUCCAGGGCUACAUUACUGCUAUUUCAGUUUUAAUAUGCUUGAGUUUACUAAGAAGCUUCAAAUCUAACUCCACACUGGACCAGGGGUUUUAUACCAUCACCUGUGACCUGAAAUCUUUUAAAUAUGAGAUCCAAGGCAAUGGUCAUAAUACUUGAAGAAAAAGCAAUAGAAGGUUAUUGCUAUUGUCAUUUGCCUAAAAUUUAAAGGUGAUUGGCUCAAAAAUUAGACAUAGACUGAAAUAGUCUGAGAAGAGAACUUCUGAAUAACUUCAUCCAUUUUGUGAUUUGAUAGAGAGACUUCUGGGCUGGAAGGACCACAGGAUGGAUGGAGACUGACAACUGAAAGAAUUGGGAGCCAGAGCUGGUGCUUAGAGAGGCCUGUCCCUCCUGUGUUCACUCACAAUUUCUCCCAACAAAAGGACUUCUGUGGCAAGGAGAGGAUUAGUCUAAAGUUUAGAAAAAGUCUCCAGGAAAGAUGGUUUCUUGGGUAAAGUUGUCGACAGAAAGACUUGCUUAAGACUCUUUGUUAUGAUUUCCUAGGGGGCGCUUCCUCCUUCCCUAACUGGAUUAUAAACACAUUACCACCCCACCCCAGCCAGAUUUGAGGAGUUUGGAUUGAGCUGCUGGUUAGAAUUAAAUUUCGAGCUAUCUCCUCUUUCUACUGAAUCCUAAUUGUCUGUGAUGAUAGCAGAAGUGAUGAGGAAUCCAAGCUCUGAUUUGAUGGUAGAGAUACUGAAUAAAUAGAUAGGAGCAAAGAAUUACAAAGACGUAAUUCAAGCCCUGUUGCACCAUCAGACACACGUGCAUGUGUGCACUCACAUAACCAUCAAAUAAAAUGAGAGAUCUGUCUCG